GAUGUUAAUGGCUACUAUUUGGAAAGGUUUUUUUGCAGAUCCAAGUUGUGAGAAUUGUCGUAAAUGGUUUUGAUUUUGUUGGCUUAAUAUAAAAUUGUAACAUAUAUCAAAAGAAAUAAGUUUUGAAUAUCUCUUAUAAAAAUACAAUAACACACCUUAUUGAUAUCCAGCAAUGAGUUUAAUAUAUUAAAGACAUUUUAAACCUGUUCAUAGGCCUUCCUCAGCUAGAAACAUAUAGAAUUUGAAUAAAAUAAUGGAUCAAACUUAUAAUCUAUGUUUCUUAUUUAAAGGAACAAAAAUACAAUACAAACUGUUAAAAAUUUAACAUAAACCAAUAAGAAAAUACCCACCAGUGUUCAAUAUUUAAAGGAAUAAAAUAUAUAAUAUGUAAAAUGUAUACUGUUUCAUAUCUGGAUUUUACAUAUAUUAUUAGCUCUAAUUUUUUAUGCUAGGUUAGAAAAUUUUUGGCUCCCUUUAUGUCCAAAAUUCUUCUCUCUCCUGUAUUAGAUUGUUUCUCAAAUUUUCAAGUAUGAAAAAUUUUUUAAUCUCAUUCUUACACUUUAAAAAUGAAGUUAUCAAUAAUUUCACAUUUUGGUAGUAUUAGAUUUUGAUUCUCUAAAUAAUUUUUGUUCUCAUUCUAUUUUUGAGGUUUAGAGAAGAUUUACAUAUUAGAGGUGGAGUUUUAGCAAAGCCUCUUCUAUGUGGCUUACAGAAUUAUCUUUGUACUCAAAAUCUGUUUGAUUGAUAUUGAUUAAACUUUGCCAUUUUCUGUUAAUUGCAGUGAGGAAUCCAAAAAUGUAAUAAAAAAUGGAGGUCCAUAACUUUCUUUUCAAGAUAUAAGGUCAGCAUAAGUAUGCGUGACAAAGUGACAUUGCUCAAAUCUAUAAGCCCAUAGGUGUGCUAGCAACCAUGGGCUUAUAGAUUUGAGUUCAUUCUCAAAAUUUAAUGGGCUGAUUUUGAUAAAAAAGUCUUUGCCAUUUUCCAUUAAUUGCAAUCAGGAAUCCAAAAAUGUAAUGAAGAUCCAUUUAAAUGUAAAAAAUAGGAGUCCACUUUAUUUUUGAUAUACGGAGAUAUAAAGUGAUAAUGUCUGUGCUCUCUGAUGCAACUAGUCUGUCUAAUGGAAUUUAGGCAUAGGAGUCAAAAAUAAAAACAGCAUUGCAUGCACCUAAUAAAAAAUAGGUGCAAAAAACAAACAAAACACAAGAAUAAAGCAAUUAGUGUCUAUUGUUUUCUUCUUGGAUCAUCUCUCCAUGUUGGCAAGUGCAAGGAUCAUCUAUCUAUACCCAACCAGUGCAAGAAUUGUGUCUCCUGAUUUGCAGAUAAAAGGAUAGUCUCUUUUGUGGCAGCAAGUGCAAAGUUUGCUUGUCCAUGUCUGUCAGGUACAAGGGUUGUCUCUUUUUUCCUAACAGGUGCAGAGAUUACUUCUUUCUUCCAGUUCUGCCUCAAUUCUGUUACAAUAAGACAAAAUUGCAUGAUGUCCUAGUUGAGGUUGAUUUUUUCUAAUUCAUAGUUGGCUUAUUUAUUAUUUCUGCCUGAUAUAUAUUGAAUUUCAAAUUGAUAUAAAUUCAAUUUCAGUAAACACUUAAACCUAUUCAUUCCAGUUUUGUGACUGUAUAAUUUUAUUGGUAUUUUUGUAACUUUUUAUAAAAAUAGGUUACUAGAUGCAGAACAUUUCACCCUUUGUUUUCAAGAUUUCUCCAGUUCCUGCUUUACUGAGAAUGUAUUCAAUGUUCAUCUGAAGUGAUUUUUGCAUUUUGGCUUUUGUAAAGCAAUGGUGCUGUCCUUUGAGGGCUUAAUAAUUUUUAAUAAUCAGGCUUGACAUGAGUGGAAGUAAAAAUUAGUCAUUGCAGAAUGAUAAGAAAACAAGAAAAGAUAUUGUAAGGUAAAAAAGAAGCAAAGAGAAACUAAAAAAAACUAUGUCCAUAAUAUUAAAAAGUAAGAAUUUAGUUUUGUGAAAGACAAGUAAAUAUGAGGAAAUAUAUUCAACUUGCACUAGUUAUUGCUGCAGUUACAUCUAUUAUUUUAGUCAUUAUUUAUGAAAGAAAAUAUUCCAAAAUGAAAAUGGUCUUGGAAGUUUUAAAUUCAUUUGGAAAUAGAGAAGAAUUUUCAAAAUUAAAGCACCAUAAAACAACUGUCAGGCCAGAAAUUAGAAUUAAAGAGGAAGUUUCAUGGAUUCAUAUUGUAGAUUCUUUACAUUUAUAUUCAGCAUUUUGGGAACGUGAUAAAAAUACUUCAUCUGUUAUUAUAUUAGCAAUGAUUCCAGACAUGUCUACACAGUUAUCAGAUAUGGAAUGUUUUUUAUGGUAUGAUGAUUACCCUACACCAUUAUUAGGUACAGUGAAAUUAGAAGAGCAAUCUAAUAAAUACUCAGGAUUUUUUGUUAAAUGUAUACCUUCAAAUAUAAAUAAAGUGCCUUAUGGAGUGACAUUAUCAUUCAAAUCUGUAAAUUCAAGUCUCAUAAAUAUCUCAAGACAUACUGAAAAUGCAACAUUUGUAUUUUGUAUAGAACCUCUUUCCAGUGGCUUUCAAGAUGUCAUUUUGUUAACUGAAUAUUUGACAUUUCAUAACAACAUAAGAAAAAGUCAUUUCAUUAUUUAUGAUGAGGGAAUAUCUCCCAAAAGUAGGAAACUACUAGAAUAUGCAAAAAUCAAUAAAUACAAAGUUGAUAUUCUCAAGUGGAACUAUCCAGGAGGAGCAUUGGAUAAAGAUAUAUACCAUCUAGAUUGCUUUGCUAGAUCACUUCUUGUGUAUAAUACUAAUAAUGUGAUGAUUACAACUUUAAAUGAAUUCUUUGUGCCAAAGUAUCAAAACUUAACAAAAAUUUUAGAAAAUACAAUGCAAUAUAAAUUCAAUGUUUAUCAGUUCUGUACUGAAUACCCAGAUAUAGUAGCUGAAACAUUAAAAUUUCCAUUUCUAACUUUAAAGUAUACCAAACGAUUAGCAAAGAAUGUUUCUACUAAAACUUUAUAUAAAAAACCAGCUCUUUCUAUUUGGAGAAAAAACAAAAUAAAAAAUAAUGAUAGAGAAAUUUUAUAUUCUGAUCAAAUUGUAUUGCAUCAUUAUGAAAAGUGCUAUUUAGAACAUACUCAUAUUGUUCAUAAGCAUAUACAAGAUACUUCCAUGAUGUUAUAUAAGGAUGUACUCUUUACAUCACCAUUAUUUAAAUAUAUUGAAGGAAAAGAAGCAUAAAAUUUCCAAAUAAUGUUUUUUACUUCAAAUUUAAAAAAUUUUUAACUUUAUAAAUUUUGUAU